AUGAUGAGAACUGCCAGCCGUUCAUGGCGUUUCUCCUCGCCAAUAUCAAGCCCCCGGCCGUCGAGGUACGCCCACUCAGGCUGCGGCGCUCGUGGCAAGACCCGCAAGCAGAAAGCCUACAUUGCCCUCGGCAGCAACCUGGGCGAUCGGGUGGCUGAAAUCGAAAGAGCAUGCAACGAGCUGGAUCGUCGAGGCAUCUCGGUGACGAGAACCAGCAGCUUGUGGGAGACCGAGCCUAUGUAUGUCCUCGACCAGGAUCGCUUCAUAAACGGAGCGUGCGAGGUUGAAACCGAUUUGGAGCCGCUCGCCUUGCUGGAUCAACUGCAGUCCAUAGAGAAUGACAUGGGCCGCCGCAAACUUGUUGACAAAGGACCCCGCAACAUUGACUUGGACAUCUUGCUCUAUGGUGACGAGACUGUUCAUCACGACCGGCUGACGGUGCCUCACGUCGGCAUUUGCGAGAGGGAGUUUGUUCUCAGACCGUUGUCAGAAUUGGUGCCCUUCAAGCUCCUGCCUCCCCCAAAGCCGAGGAAACGUAUACAAGACUACCUAAACGAGUUACCGGUAUCUGAACCUCUCUCAUCAGUGACGCCCAUCAGAGGUCCGAGCCAGAUGCUCACGCCGCUCGCCCACGGCAGAAAAACUCGGGUCAUGACCAUCUUAAACCUGACGCCCGACUCCUUCUCCGAUGGCGGCAAACACAGCCUCGGCCAACUCCGAGACACGGUUCUGCACCAUAUCCGAAGCGGAGCCUCCAUCAUCGAUGUAGGGGGGCAGUCGACUGCUCCGGGUCGGCCCGAGGUGUCUGCUGAAGAAGAGGCCUCUCGUGUCAUCCCCGCGAUUCAGCUUAUCCGAUCGCUGCCGGAGGCUCGCCAUGUCGCCAUCAGCGUGGACACGUACAGAUCCUCCGUCGCCGAGAGGGCCGUCGCCAGCGGCGCGGACAUGGUCAAUGAUGUUUCAGCCGGACUACUCGAUCCAGACAUGCUGCCCACAGCAGCCCGCCUUGGCACGACAAUAUGCUUGAUGCAUAUGCGUGGCACACCUCGGAACAUGAUGGAAUUUGUGAAUUACGACGACGGCUUGAUCCCCGGGAUUGCUUCCGAGCUUUCGCGGCGGGUAGCAGCGGCAGAAGCGGCGGGCAUCCGGCGCUGGCGCAUCGUGCUCGACCCAGGCGUCGGUUUCUCCAAGACGGGCAGGCAGAAUGCAGAGGUCCUCAGACGUCUUGACGAGCUGAGGACUUGGCCUGGCCUGAUGAAUCUCCCAUGGCUCGUGGGAUCGAGCCGCAAGAGCUUCAUCGGCGGAGUGACUGGGGAAAAGGAGCCCUCGGAGAGGAAGUGGGGAACGGCAGCGACGGUGGCGGCAGCCGUCCGGGGGGGGGCAGAUGUAGUCCGUGUGCAUGAUACAGCAGAAAUGGGCAAAGUGACAGCCAUGGCCGAUGCAAUUUGGCGACCUUGA